CACCUUGAGGCACUGAGUCUGCGCAGUAGAGGUGUAGCGUUUGGGCUAAAAACGAAGCCCGCGCCAGAGUAUCUAUCUUUCAAGUAUUCGCCUUCGAAUAAUUUAAACCUACUUCGGUAUAAUGGCCAGAGAUAACACCUUUCUCGCGGGUGGCGUGCGAUCCUAAGAAAGAGCAGAAUGCGGCCGUGCCCCACCUUCCUGCUGGUGCUGCUGCGCUGGGUGCGGUUGCGCAUGUGCGCCAGGCGGUGGCGCUACAGCAAUGGCAACAACAGUAGACUACCUCUGUGUGUGAGACAGAGAUGGGCCUACCUCAAACUGAUGGUUAACUCCCUCUAUUACAACUCCCUCACCAACUCUGAUGUCGUCAUGGACUCACUGAUGGAACCCAUCUUCUGGAUGGUGGACCUACUUACCCGCUGGUUCGGGGCGGUGUUUGUCUGUCUGGUGGUGAUAUUGACCAGUUCUAUCCUGCUGAUAGCCUACGUGGGUCUGCUGCCCCUGAUUCUCAACACCUACUCUCCACCCUGGAUAGUCUGGCACAUCGGUUAUGGACACUGGAACCUCAUCAUGAUUGUCUUCCACUACUAUAAAGCCACCAAGACCUCCCCAGGAUACCCCCCUACGGUAAAGAAUGACAUUCCGUUUGUGUCCGUGUGUAAGAAGUGUAUCAUCCCCAAACCAGCCAGGACUCACCACUGUGGAAUCUGCAACACGUGCAUUCUGAAAAUGGAUCAUCAUUGUCCGUGGCUGAAUAACUGUGUUGGCCAUUUUAACCAGCGCUACUUCUUCUGCUUCUGUCUCUCCAUGACCCUGGGCUGUGUCUACUGCAGCAUCAGUGGCCGGAACCUCUUCCUAGAUGCUUAUAGUGCUAUAGAGCGCUUCAAACACAUGGACUUGGAUAAAUCAGGUGUCCCGGUGACAGGGAUGGGGCAACUCAUAGGAAUCUUACCUCCUGGGCAGGUAAGCACCUACCAGACCCCUCCUCCUCCCUACACGUUCAGAGACAAGAUGUUCCACAAGAGUAUCAUCUACAUGUGGGUAUUAACUAGCACGGUGGCCGUAGCUCUGGGGGGGCUGACUAUCUGGCACGCAGUGCUGAUAUCCCGAGGAGAGACCAGCAUAGAGAGACACAUCAACAACAAGGAGGCCGAACGCAUGGCCAAACAUGGCAAGGUGUACAAGAACCCCUUUAACUAUGGCAGACUAAACAAUUGGAAAGUCUUCUUUGGUGUGGAGAAGAGAAGUCAUUGGCUGACGCGAGUCCUCCUGCCCUCUGGACAUGCCCCCUAUGGGAACGGCCUGACCUGGGACAUCUGUCCAAUCAGAAAAGACAUGAUUCCCGUCUGAGCCAAAUAGAAAAUAACUGACUUGAGACAUCUACCCAAUGAAGAAAUACCUGAUGGCUGUCUGACCCCUGACCACACAGACUCUGUCUACAGAGAGAACUACAUCUCCCUGUCGCCCCUGUUCCCUACAGGUGCUGAAGACCGAUGACCAGGUUAUAUAGAUGAGAAGUGGAGUUCUGAGCUGGAGAGUGAGAACUAAGUCGUCCACAGGGAUGGCCAGCAGGGAAGAGAUGGGGAAUGUUUGCAGCGCCCAAGUGAAACAAACCUGGUCAUUUCCAUGUAAAAGGACCCAUGAGCACCAACAUGUGAAGUUCAUAGGAGCAUGUCAAAUUGGGUGUCAAAUGAAAGCUAUGAGUCAAUAUUUUUGAGAAAUUAAUGCAUAUAUACAGUUGAAGUCAGAAGUUUACAUACACUUAGACUGGAGUCACUUAAACUUGUUUUUCAACCACUCCACAAGUUUCUUGUUAACAAACUAUAGUUUUGGCAAGUCGGUUAGGACAUCUACUUUGUGCAUGACACAGGUAACUAUCACAAUUCCAGUGGGUCAGAAGUUUACAUACACUAAGUUGACUGUGCCUUUAAACAGCUUGGAAAAUUCCAGAAAAUGUCAUGGCUUUAGAAGCUUCUGAUGGGCUAAUAUACAACAUUUCAGUCAUUUGGAGGUGUACCUGUGGAUUUAUUUCAAACUCAGUGCCUCUUUGCUUGACAUCAUGGGGAAAUCAAAAGAAAUCAGCCAAGACCUCAGAAAAAAAUUGUAGACCUCCACAAGUCUGGUUCAUCCUUGGGAGCCAUUUCCAAACGCCUGAAGGUACCACGUUCAUCUGUACAAACAAUAGUACGCAAGUAUAAACACCAUGGUACCACGUAGCCGUCAUGCAUCUCAGGAAGGAGACGCAUUCCGUGUCCUAGAGAUGAACGUAUUUUGGUGCGAAAUGUGCAAAUCAAUCCCAGAACAACAGCAAAGGACCUUGUGAAGAUGCUGGAGGAAACGGGUACAAAAGUAUCUAUAUCCACAGUAAAACAAGACCUAUAUCGACAUAACCUGAAAGGCCGCUCGGCAAGGAAGAAGCCACUGCUCCAAAACCACCAUAAAACCAGACUACGGUUUGCAACUGCACAUGGGGACAAAGACCGUACUGAUGAAACAAAAAUAGAACUGUUUGGCUAUAAUGACCAUCGUUAUGCUUGGAGGAAAAAGGGGGAGGCUUGCAAGCCGAAGAACACCACCCCAACCGUGAAGCACGGGGGUGGCAGCAUCAUGUUGUGGGGGUGCUUUCCUGCAGGAGGGACUGGUGCACUUCACAAAAUAGAUAGCAUCACGAGGCAGGAGAAUGAUGUAGAUAUAUUGAAGCAUCAUCUCAAGACAUCAGUCUGGAAGUUAAAGCUUGGUCGCAAAUGGGUCUUCCAAAUGGACGAUGACCCCAAGCAUACAUCCAAAGUUGUGGCAAAAUGGCUUAAGGACAACAAAGUCAAGGUAUUGGAGUGGCCAUUACAAAGCCCUGACCUCAAUCGCAUAGAAAAGUUGUGAGCAGAACUGAAAAAGUGUGUGCGAGCAAGGAGGCCUACAAACCUGACUCCGUUACACCAGCUCUGUCAGGAGGAAAGGCCAAAAUUCACCUUGUUUAACUUGUUGUGGGAAGCUUGUGGAAGGCUACCUGAAAUGUUUUACCCAAGUUAAACAAUAUAAAGGCAAUGCUACCAAAUACUAAUUGAGUGUAUGUGAGCUUCUGACCAACUGGAAUUGUGAUGAAAUAAAUAAAAGCUGAAAUAAAUCAUUUUCUCUACUAUUAUUCUGACAUUUCACAUUCUUAAAUUAAAGUGGUGAUCCUAAUGGACUUAAGACAGGGACUUUUUACUAGGAUUAAAUGUCAGGAAUUGUGAAAAACAGAGUUUAAAUAUAUUUGGCUAAGGUGUAUUUAAACUUCCGACUUCAACUGUAAAUGUUUAAAUGAUUUUUACAUCCUAAAAAUGUGGAAUAGGCAAACACUUUGAUUUUUUGUCAAACAGAUGGAAAAGGAGUCUUGGAAGACAUCUACCAGAAAAAGUCUUAAAAUGUAUUAGAAAUAUAUCAAAAGACAAUACUAUUGAAGUAAAGACCCCUGCCAACUAAUGGCAACACAUUUUAGCUUAACUUUUUCUGCCUUCUGUAAGUUUGAAGAAACUUUGCCUUGAAAUUCCUUUACCAAAAACCCACAUAUCUUUAAGGUAUUUAAAACAUUUCUCCUUUACUUGUUACUCCUUCCAGAAGUAACAAGUAAAAGUAGAACUAUCAAUUAGUGAUAUUGUUUUUACUUAAUGAAUUAAGGUAUUAAAACUUUUAAUUCUGUUACCAAAUUGGUAACAGAAUUUCUGCAAUUGAAUUGGCUACAAUGGGAAAUCAUAGUAUUCACAUACCACAGUUGUGUCACCUGCUACUGUCCUCCCUUCCACUGGUAUACUUUUAUGUUCAGCUUAUAACGGUUUUGUUUUGGUCUAGUGGCCAAAGUCACUAGACAGAAAUUAAUUGUAACCUCUUAACAGCUUUUACGGACACCUACCCAUGAGUCCUCUCUUUCCAUUUACUGAAACCAGCCUCCUCCUCUACUGAGCAUCGGACGUCCAUGGACGUAAAAAGUAGUUAAAAUUUGGUUCAAUCUGCCCUGGCCUUGAUUUCAUUGCCCACAGAUGUUUUUUGGUCCGGACCAGCCUUGGUUUCAACAUCCACAAACGUCUGGACCGGCCUUCAUUUGACCCAAACAUAGUGUUUCACAAGUUUGAACAGUACACUACAGUAGAGUAUCGUUCAGUACAUUACAGCACCGUAGGUGAAGUACAGUUAAGUAUACAGCACCAGUCAACGGUUUGGACACACCUACUCUUUCUAGGGUCUACAUUGUAAAAUAAUAGUGAAGACAUCGAAACUAUGAAAUAACACAUGGAAUCAUGUAGUAGCCAGUUGUUAAACAAAUGUAAAUAUAUUAUAUUUGAGAUUCUUUAAAGUAGCCACCCUUUGCUUUGACAGCUUUGCACACUCUUGGCAUUCUCUCAACCAGCUUCAUGAGGUAAAUGCUUCACAGAGUUCAAGUAACAGACACUUCUAACAUCAACUGUUCAGAGUAGACUGCAUGAAUCAGACAUUCAUGGUCGGACCACUACUAAAGGACAGUAAUGAGAAGAGACUUGCUUGGGCCAAGAAACACGAGCAAUGGACAUUACACCAGUGGAUAUCUGUCCUUUGGCCUGAUGAAUCCAAAUGUGUGAUUUUUUUUUUUUUCAGUGAUAUGCCAUCCCAUCUGGUUUUGACUUUGUGGGACUAUCAUUUGUUUUCCAACAGGACAAUGACCCAAAACACACCUCCAGGCUGUGUAAGGUUUAUUUGACCAAGGAGAGUGAUUGAGUGCUGCAUCAGAUGACCUGGCUUCCACAAUCACACGACCACAACCCAAUUGAUAUGGUUUGGGAUGAGUUGGACCACAGAGUGAAGGAAAAGCAUCCAACAAGUGCUCAGCAUCUGUGGGAACUCAAGAGAGGAAAAGCAGAGUGCCAAGAGUGUGCAAAGCUGUCAUCAAGGCAAAGGGUUGCUACUUUGAGGAAUCUAAAAUAUUACAUGAUUCCAUAGGUGUUAUUUUAUAGUUCUGAUGUCUUCACUAUUAUAAUAAAAAUUAAAGAAAAACCCUUGAAUGAGUAGGUGUGUCCAUAUUUUUCACUGGUACUGUAGUUCAGUACAGUGAAGAAAAGUAGAGCACACAAGUUGAGUACACAAAUGACUGUACUGAACUACACUACCGUUCAAAGGUUUGGGGUCAUGUAGAAAUGGUCCAUUAAAAUAACAUCAAAUUCAUCAGGAAUACAGUGUAGACAUUGUUAAUGUUGUAAAUUACUAUUGUAGCUGGAAACAGCUGAUUUUUAAUGGAUAUCUACAUAGGUGUACAGAGGCCCAUUAUCAGCAACAAUUCUCCCGUGUUUCAAUGGCACGUUGUGUUAGCUAAUCCAAGUUUAUAAUUUUUAAAGGCUAAUUGAUCAUUAUAAAACCCUUUUGCAAUUAUGUUAGCACAGCUGAAAACAGUUGUGCUGAUUAUAGAAGCAAUAAAAAUGGUCUUGUUUGGUGGCAUAGCUCAUUAAAAUAAUAGCCAAGUAUGCAAAGAAUGAUAUUGCAUAUUUCUACCUUUGUCUAACUAUUUAGGAUACAUCACCAUGAACAGAAUUAAAUCCAUAAUUUUGCAUUUCUGUGUAGUACAGAUCAGGGACCCAUGAUAAAAUUCUGUUACCAGGUAUAAAUCCACUUCACUUAUUGUAAUUCCAAACUCAAGCUGUUAUCAUAGCUGACACCACAUUCUUUCUGCAGACAUUGAAUCUAGAUAUUUAAACGUUUUUGAAAAUGUGGUCAUGUAAAAAACUGAGGGAGAUUUUAAUGAAAUGAUGUUACCGAAAUUUGCACCUGCACAGUUCUUCCAGUAAAUGUGUUUUUGUAAAAUGUUCAGUGUAAAUUGUUGAAAGUUGUCCUUGUGCAUAGAUGUGUUUGGUUUGUUUAAAAAAAUGUUUUUGUUUGGCAGAUUUGAAGUGUAAAAUCUGACUCAGCGCAAUUCAGUUUACCGUGGAAUUGCCCCCCUACAAAAUGUUUAAAACCUGGUCCUCUUUAAAAAAUAAAUAAAGGAGAGCCGCACACUC